CACGCACGACCGGUGGGACGAUGCUGUGACUGUGACUGAAGAACAACGAUAGAGUCGGUAGCUGCUGACUGUGCUUUCAUACAACACCAUACCUACCAUCCUGACCGCCACCUUGCUCAAUCCUGGGCUGCGCCUACACUCCGCUCCACAGCUGGUGCGAACACGAAGCGAUUCACCUGAUACCGGCGUGCACCGCUCAACCACGGCGGUGCAUACAGCAUCUAUAGAAAGCACAUACUCGCGAGGACUCUGCACACCCUCCCGCCACACGUUGUGAAGGUCUACCAACGCGACCAUAUCCUGGCGAGGUGCUUCUUCCUACCCACGCUCGGCCACGAUGCAGUACGUUGGACGUCUCGUUUCGAGUGUGUACAACUCUGUGCCCUCCAUCAAUCCCGCAACUCUCAGUGGGGCUAUCGACAUUAUCGUAGUGGAGAGGCAAAUCGAGGCAGAAGAGGAAGUGGACGAUGAUGGGAGCAGUGAUGGACCUCUUGGAUCUGGCAUUGCUGCUGCGGGUCCCUCGAGACCGGCGCAGAAGAAGAGGAGGAAAGUGAUGACCACGGAAUUGAGCAGCACUCCUUUCCACGUGAGAUUCGGAAAGAUGUCGGUGUUGCGGCCUGCGGAGCGCAAAGUCACAUUGCACCUCAACAACUCUGCCGAUCCCCUCCCAUUCGCAAUGAAGGUAGGCGAAGCCGGCGAGGCUUUCUUCGUUUUGGAGCUGAACGAUGAGGAAGCUCAAGGCGUCAUACCAGACGAUCUUGUCACAUCGCCCAUUCUCAGCGCAGCUUCGAGUCCCGAUCUGGGCGGAAACGAACUUGAUGACGGGGCUGAGAGCGGAGCCGUGGCGCAAAGUCCCAUAGAGGCGUUGGAUCUAGGUGCUAGUGUCACGAUGGAGGCUGAGCCGGUCACCUUGAGUGCUGCCGAGGACGAUGCUCAGUCUCAAACAACUACAAUUCAGAGCAACGAAACCGCAGAUACGGGUAUCACCAUCCCAAACUCGUCGGGAACAUCUACCGCUAGCGCGGAGAACCGUGGUCAAAGUCCUGCGAGGGCUGACGCCUCUGGCGGUCACGGCGUCAACCCUGAAGCGGCAGAUGCAAAGGGGACCAGCGACGAGUCGUUGGACUCUGGAAAGGGUGGAAGCGGCAGAGCUGGAGCGCACAGCACGCUAGGCCAGGUAACGAAUGCGGCGGCCAAGGCGGGAGGAGCGUUGGGCGCAGCAGGCAAAGCUGUUGUCGCGCCACUCAGUGGCAGUAAUGCCAAGUUGGAAUCUGUGCGCAAACGUCAGGAGCGCCAGGAGCCCCACGAUAGCGCUCCAUUAAGCCAAGAGGAGAGCGGUAGCUCUGCAAGCCCGUGGCAUACGACGGGCGAACGAAGCGAUGGCAAGGAGAAGUUGCAGCAACAAGACGACGAUGCGCCACCUGAUCCUCCGAGCACUAACGACACCGAGACAGAGAAGCUCGAGCAAGGGCUCAAGAAGAGAGCCGAGGGCCUUGUGCAUCAGGUCAAAGCUGCAGCUGACGAGGAGAGCUUUCGAGCACCGUCAGAGACGCCAACUGCAGCAGACGAAAGGGAAGAGGCGUAUCCAGCACCAUUUGGUGCAAUUACUGGAGGGGAUGACGAUGCGUCUGAGGGCAAAGGACUGAGGACCCGGCCCACGGCGCAACUUGAUCAUGCUGACUACCUUGGCGGGGAAAGGAUGCCCCGCAUUAAGACAGGCACCGAAGACGUCGACCUGAGUGCGAGCGGCGUAGACCCUUCUACUCUUAGAACCCAGCUUGAGAAGCAAAAGCAAGGUGAUCAGCACGAGGAUAUCGUCAAAGAAGAAGCUGAAGCAGAGGCGGGCGAAGUCAGAGAAGAAGACAUCGCUAACAAGCCACCAGGAAGUCCAAGGCGCAAAGAGGACUUGCAGUACAUGCUGGACAUGGAUGGCUACCACAUGACCUCUGACGGCGAGAGCCUCGCGUACUCUGAGGCUCAACGACUCGCGAAAGAGGUUCCUCUGAGCAAGAGACACGGUGGCGCCGGCCGACACAGCGCGGAUCUUUUCCAUCACGAUAGAUCACAGAGUACAGAGCUGUUGCGCAAGGCAGUCGCAGAGGGCUCAAGACCUCGCAGUGCCAGCCGUUCUUCGAUACCAGAUUCGGUCACGAACAGCGAUGGUGACAGCACCAGCAAUCCUUCCAAGUUGUUUCGACGCGGUUCACACUCUGGCGCUUCAGAGUCGAAAGUACCGGGAGACGCCCAAACCAUUUUAGGCUUUCGGAACGAGAGCCCAUCUCUUGGAGGUGACUUUGAGGAAUCGCUCAACAGCGACCAACUGAGUCUGAGCCGAGACUUGGUGCGGCUAACCAGGAUGAUGAGAUCCAAAGAUGAUCCUGCGGACGAGGCCCACUUUGACGAUCCUGUCCCAAGGUCGGACGCCCGGACGCCAAGGCCUGCCAGAAACAAAGGCCCGAGCAAGACUGUGCGUCGGCACUUCCAGGAUACAUCGUUGAGUGACACGGAAGCCGACCCGCCACAUUGGUCUUCGAAUCCAGACUACCGAGCGCACCAACGUGCUACAAGCGCGGACACAGAAUUUGGUUCGAAGCCUGAGCGCAGUGCGCCCAAUGAUCAAGAUCGCUUCCAGUCCUCGGAGUACGACUGGGAGUGGGGUCAGAUACCAAAGGUGCACGACAGACCUCGGGCGCGCGUGACAAGUCUGGAUGCCGAGGAUGUGUCGUCCACCUCGCGUGCCCGCGGAAUCGAUCUCGAAAGAGGGGACCUGGCAGACGACGGUUUUGCUCCCACGGUGGGCAGGCUGACAGCGACCGAUGAAGCACCGUACGACUUUUGCUUGGUGCUCAACGAUGCCUCACAUCGAUUUGAGCUGUCACUAUGCUACCACGAAGGCUUCGAUAUCGAGCGACCGACCCAUAUGGCUGCCACCACUCGCGAUCAGCCCCAUGUCGACGUAGACGCCGAGCUUUUCGACGAGAAUAGGGUCAGCUUCCAGCGAUUCAUGGACGAUCCAGACAUUGUCAACGACGAGCGCUUGGUCGUCAGGUACAAUGAAAGGUUUAUGACCUGGGAGAAUGCUUCUGCUGUGCUGGCGACCCUUUCCCUUUGCCGCAAGACAAUGUCUGCAGCCCUUCUUGCUGAUCAAGCGGCCAGAACGACUGGCACCAGCACAGACGCGCAGGCGCCGCCUCAAGCUGGUGAACGAGCUAGUGUUUGGAGCCGGCUCUGGAAUCGCAAGCGCACUACGGCCAGUGCAGCAGAUCUGGAAGCAGUCCAAAAUGCGAGUGCUGCAAGGGAAGACCAGGCCUCUCUUCAAGGUGGAUCGUUACGAUUCCCACCUGCUCCCCUCGACCGAUCACACACAGACUCCGAACUUGCGAGUGGCCCUGCCGCCGCCAAGCCCUCGGUCGUGGGUAACGGUACAGCUGGUCCUGCCAUACCAAUGCCAUCCCGUGCGCCAAAAGUGAUGCACAAAACCUACGCCAAGACUCUGAGACUGACCUCGGAUCAGCUCAAAUCCCUGAACCUGCGGAAAGGCGCAAACAAGAUCACCUUCUCCGUCACCUCGAGCUAUUCUGGUGUCGCGACCUGCACAGCACGCAUUUUCCUAUGGGAGGCUAGCCAUCGCAUCGUCGUCUCUGACAUCGACGGAACCAUCACGAAAUCUGACGCACUCGGGCACGUCUUCACGAUGAUUGGGCGCGAUUGGACACAUGUGGGCGUGGCAAAGCUUUACACGGAUAUUGCCCGCAAUGGCUACCGCAUCAUGUACCUCACGAGUCGCGCUAUUGGGCAAGCUGACGCGACUCGCGACUACCUCCGUGGCAUUCGACAAACCAAUUAUCAGCUACCAGACGGACCAGUAAUCAUGAGCCCUGAUCGGCUCAUUGCUUCUCUACACCGCGAAGUGAUCCUGCGCAAACCAGAAGUUUUCAAAAUGGCUUGCUUGAGAGAUAUAGCUCGCCUUUUUGGACACGAUCCGCGCGCGACUUCGACGGCCGCAAAGGACCUCAAACCCGGGGCGGUCGAGAAGAGUUUUCCGGGUGUCUCGCAAGCGUCUAUCGACCUCGCGACUGGAGAAGCGAAUGCGGCUGCGAGUAGUCCUUCUGAAGGUGCAGCAACAGCCAGCGAUACAACCGCGACCGGAACGUUACAGCAAACCUCGGUAACAGACCAGGGGCCCAACUCGCCUGUCUCGAUGUCGCCUUUCUACGCGGGCUUUGGCAACAGGAUCACCGAUGCGUUGAGCUAUCGGAGUGUCAACAUUCCCAGCUCUCGCAUCUUCACCAUCGACUCCAAUGGAGAGGUAAAGAUGGAGCUGCUCGAGCUUGCAGGAUACAAGUCUUCCUACAUUCACAUGACUGAUCUAGUGGACCAAAUGUUCCCGCCCAUUACAGUCAAGUCGGAGGCAGCUGCGACCAAGCCAGAGUACAAUGACUUCAACUUUUGGCGCCCAUCUCUGAGCACAUUUGAGCUGCCUCCAGACGAUGAGCUCAUGCCCACGCCACCAGUCUCUCCCGCGCUUUCGGCAAGAAGCGGACGAAGUGUACGCAGCAAUGCUAGCUUGAGGAGCGCGACCACAGAUACAGUGACUGCGAAGCCUGACGAAGAGCCUCGACGCAGGAGUCGAUUCGGUCUGGGCAGUCUGGGACUCAGCAGAAAAGGUAGCGCUCAGACUAUUGAUGUGCCCGACCAGACCAGCACUAGCUCCGCCAAAUCGCAAGCUGCUUUGACGAGCCCUUCUGCGCCGGACCUUACAGCGGCGGCUGCGGACGGUGCACGAAUUCCACAACGAUCAGAAUCGGACCCUGAUGCGGCAGCAGCCGCUGCUUAUGGCACGAGCCCCACAGGAAGCUCGUACGGAUCAGGCGCCAAUUCUUCUUGGAUAGCCCCGUGGAGGAGACGCAGAGCAGCGUCGCCCGGCGAAACAACUGGAGGAGCGAGCGCCACUUCGCCGCUCGUAGGACCCGUCAUCACUGCCGAACCGGAUUCGGACGAGGAGAAUGUGGCGAGCGAUGAUGAUGAUGUCAGCGUCUUUGGCGAUGGACAAGACUUGUCAUCGAGCAAGCAGAGACGGGACGAGGAAGAUGAAGGGGAGGAUGAUGAGGAAGAAGCAGAGGAGGAUGCGGAUAGCAACGACGACGAGCCGAUCAGCGGUCGCGGUGGUGCCAGAAGACGCGAUCGAGCAAGAGGUGGCAGGGAUGAAGAGGUCAUUGAUGAUGAUCUGCUGGCUGGUGGCGAGAUUCGCUUCGAUUGGAAGUGAGGCCUCAUCCAUGAACUCGCACUUCAAUUCCAUUCACAUCUUUGGCCGCGUCAAGAUUCUGUUCGUCUGGUUCCCCUUCCAUCUGCUGCCCUCCUACCCUUUGUUCUCCUCUACGAGAGUGUUACUUUUGUCAUCGCAUACACGCCACGUUCAGACUACGUACCCUUGCAGCACUUGAACAUAUUCGCAAAUGAAGGAUGGAGGAGGAGAACUUGUCGUGACGACAAGACACAAAAGGGUGCGCUCACCUUCUCGAUCCCGCAAAAUCAAAGUGACAAUGUAGGUUCGAGUGCAGGACAGGUACUAAUACAUUCGCGCCAAACAAGUCUUGGGCCAAAGACGUG